AUGGUGAAGUUUCCCUCAGAUGUCCUCUUCGAAAUCUUUUCACGACUACCCAUCAAGUCACUUCUCAAAUUCAGAUCCGUCUCUCAACAAUGGCGCAAUAUCAUUGAUGAUCCACACCUUGCUUACAUGCAACAUUCUCGCUGUGUUGAAGAACCCAAAAUCCUACUUCUCGAUCAUCACACCCAAAACGAAAAACCAAUAGAUGUAACAGUUACAAAUGUUGGGGUCUUCUUGAACGCUGACUUGAAUUUAGUUGCAAAGUUCUCAAAAUCAGUGACAUGUUACCUAGAGGAUUGUUGCAAUGGUUUGCUUUGCCUUUCAAAAAGUUAUGAUGAUAGAUUCUUGGUUUUGUUUAAUCCUCUAAGGCAACAAGUUCUACCACUGCCACCAUCUUCAGCCUCUCCUAAGCUACGCAGUAGAAAAUAUGGAUUCUGGUUCGACCGUCCAAAGAACACAUACAACAUUGUUGUUGUUGCAGUUUUCUUACGCGAAAGUGUUGAUGAAAAACCAUGCUACAAGUUGCGUGCUGAAGUUUACACUCUUGGUACAAGCUCAUGGAGGCCUCUUAGCAGAGGUCCUCCUUGCCGUUUAGUUGGAAAGCCUAUAUUUGCAUGUGGAGCUCUUCAUUGGCAAGGACCUUGUAAAUAUAAUGGUGAUAUUGGGAAUAUUGUUUCUUUUGAUGUUAGGAAGGAAGAAUUUGGCUUGAUUUCUCCGCCCAAAUAUGAUUGCCUUGGAUAUUUGCUUGAUCUAGGGGGAAACUUGGCUAUGGUUGAUCACUCGGCUAUGUACUUUAAUAGACACAUUGACAUAUGGGUAAUGAAGGAAUAUGAAAAGAAAGAAUGGGUCAAAGAAUACAAAAUUGAUCUAAAAUCCCAUAUUGAGAGGCAAUAUGGUCAUGGUGUACAGGUCGAAGUUAUAGGGCUAUGCAAGCUUGGCCAAAUACUAUUAAGGCAAAAUGAAAAUCUUCUUUCCUAUAACCUAGAGACUGGUGUGCUAAGGAACAUCCCAAUUCCAGGAUUUGGCCUUGAAACGAAUGUCUUAAUUUACAGGGGUAGCCUACUAUCAAUUUCUAGUUUUCAUUGA